GUCCCGGAACGGUGUCUCGGCAGUGACAUCACGAGCUGGGCGGACUCGCCAGCCUCCGAACCGGUCCGACUCUGCUCUUCCUGCCGCCUUAUUUUCCGCCGUCCGGUCCUGCUUCGGGCACUCGGACCUUUUUUAGCAGCAAACAUGAGCGAUCAGGGUCUCUCCAACGAAGCCGUGGCGGCUGCUUGCAAAGACGGACCCCUAAUCGCUAAGGACUUCAUGAUGCAACAGACGAUGCUGAGAGUGAAAGACCCAGUGAAAUCCCUGGAUUUCUACACGCGCAUCAUGGGCAUGACUCUGCUGCAGAAAUUUGACUUCCCCUCCAUGCACUUCUCGCUGUACUUCAUGGGCUAUGAGGACAAGAAUGAGAUCCCUGUGGACGUGAAAGAGAGGACGGCCUGGACCUUCUCUCGACGGGCCACCAUCGAGCUCACGCACAACUGGGGCUCAGAGUCUGACACCCAGACGUACCACAACGGGAACUCCGAUCCCCGCGGGUUCGGACACCUCGGCAUCGCGGUGCCAGACGUGGAUGCCGCCUGCAAGUUCUUUGAGGAGCAGGGCGUCACUUUUGUGAAGAAACCGGAUGAUGGUAAAAUGAAAGGUCUGGCAUUCAUACAAGAUCCGGAUGGUUAUUGGAUUGAGAUCCUGAGCCCAAACAACAUGGUCUCCAUAACCAGCUAGAGAGACCUCGACGGAAGACGGAAGAUUGGGGGGCGAAUGCAAGAGCAGCUGGUGGGGUGGGGGGGAGGAGCAAAUGCUGAAUGGGUUUGUCUAUCUGUGGAAUGAAAAUAGGAUGAAGCGGGAGGAACUGCAGUGACUGAGGGGGUUGGAUGGUCUGGGUCAUCUCCGCCCUGGAACAUGGUGUAAACAUGAGCGACCUCAACCGUUUAGCCUCAUGACUCUUUGUUCAAUAUGCCGGUGUGCAGCUCUCUGAAUGGAGACUCGUGUUCUCUGUGGUGUGGAUGUGCUAUAAAGUCUAGUUCCACUGGGA